AAAAUGAUAUUAGUAAAAAGGGAAAAUUAAAAAUGGGAACAAUUGUAGAAAUUCCUAAUUGGAAUGAAUUUACCUGGGUAUAUGAUAGUGAAGAAGCUAAUACUAUUGACGAAAAUUUAAAGGAUUUAACAAAUGAAUUAGAAUAUAUGGAUAUAAUAAAUGAAGUAGAAGUAAAUAAGAUUAUGGAAGUUUUUAUUUUUAGUUGGGUAUUAUUACAAUAUCAAAAAAUUAGAGAGUCUGUAAAAAGAAUCCCUAAACAUAUCAAGCAACUUUUUGAGAUAAUUUUUCACGUAAGAACUGUAAAUCUAAGAAAUAAAAUAACAGCUGCAGAGAUGCUGAAAACAUUCAAUGACACUUCAAGUAAUUGA